AUGAUCAGAACAAUGACAACACCAAGCUCAGGCCUCUCACUCCUAGGAGCGGUCCUUCUCUUUCUCCUUCCCUUCCUACCCAGAAUCCAAGCCAACGAAGCGGCACCCUGCUACGCCCCCAACACCAAGCGAAUAGAUGCCAGGUACAUGCCAUGUAUCUCUAUGGACGGCAUGGAUUCCAUGUGCUGCCGACUCAACGCUACCGAUCCGGACAUCUGCAAACCAAACGGUCUCUGCUACUGGGAGGACAUAGACGGCGGCGGCAGCGACAAACCGGGCAGAGCAGGAUGGUACAGAGGUCUCUGCACACGUCAGGACUGGGAUACCCCGAACUGUUUGCCGAAGACCAUGUGCGAUGAUGAUGCUGGCGGGGAUUCAAGCUACACAUCCCGACUCUUCACCUGUAACGACGGGAAAUAUUGCUGCGGGAACACCAGCGACUGCUGUACUGACCCGAAGAUGUUUACGGUCAGCCCGACCUUAGUCCCAAUUGGUUCCUCUGCGAGCUCUGGUGCUGCUGCGACUAUCACAGCGACUGUCUCAGGGAAGUCAGAUUCAUCUACAAAGACUGCGAUUGGACUCGGAGUGGGUGUACCACUAGGCAUCCUUAUGAUUGCAGGCGCAGGAGGUGGAUUUUUAUGGGGCAGACGGAGCAUGAAGGCGAAAUAUGCGCAGAUUCAGAAUCAGGGAUUUAAUAUACCUAUGGGUGUGGUUCAAGCAGGGGGAGAGGUACAGCACGCGGAUUCGAAGUCUGUUCAUGAGGCGGAUAUUAUACAGCCGCAGCCUUUAGAGCUUCCUGCUGGGAGGAAUGAUCGUUGA